ACGUCUUCCAGGAACAUUUGGACGUGCUGGAGAGUAGAGGGCGGUGGCAUUGCGAAACCGCUUUCUUGGAUAGAGUUACGUGGCUCAGCAGUUGCAAAGAGACCCGCAGACUAGACGUUAACCCCCUCGAAAAUGUCGAGCUGAAUCCCUUCGUUUUUCCUCUUGAACGGCGAGACUCAAUCAAUAAAGACUAGAAUGCCUCAGCUUGGAAGCCUGUUGACACAGUUUCAUCUCAGCACCAAAGCGUCAGAAAAUGCUCAAAGACAAAGUCCACAUCAGACACCAACACUACCUGACUUUAUACAUCGUGUCAGGAAACUCACCGGGCUGAGAACGGAAGACGUCUACAGCCAUCUACGUAUCCGUGACCAGCUUAAGACCGCCAAAGAUGACAUCAACAUUGUUAUCCUCACAGGCCAGGGGAUCUUCUGCAUCGAUGUAAAACCCUGGAGAGGCACAGUGUCCGCUCACAAACAGAACUGGCACCUGCAAGUGAAGGAAGAGGACCAACACUUUACCAAUACCUGCAUUGAGCAGAUUGAAGAUCCCCUCAAAGCUAUCAUGACCAAGACCGCUAACUUAUGCGGCCAUUUGAAGAAGAGCGGAGUGUCUGUGCGCCAAAGCCUCUUCUUCCCCAGGGUUGUCUUCCUCUCUCCAGACUGCGAGCUCGAUGAGGAGCUGAGGAAGAGGAGGGAGCUGAUCUCUCACGGCCAGACAGACGACUUCCUCCAAUCCUUAAGGGAGGGCUACAUGGCCUGGAUGUCAGAUGCACUGACUCCAUCCUGGCUCUCUGGUCGUCUGUCGUACAGGCAGAUGGAGUCCGUGCGGGAAGUCCUGAGGAGGGUGGGGACGUGGGAUGUGGUGAGUCUGCACUGUGGCGAGCAGCUGAAAGGAGACUUCCAGGGCUGCCAGUACAUCGCUCUCAACCGACAGGAGACAGAAACGCUCGAGUUUUCCAGAGUCAAGACCCUGUCAGCCGAUUCGCUGUGGGCCCUGCUGGGACACGCUCCUCAGGUAACGGUUAAAAUGUACAAGCGUGGAUCUCAGGGCUGGCUGGGUAAAUCCCUGAACGCCUCCACAACCAUCCCCUCCAACACUGCUGUGAUCUUCAGGGUCAGCGGGGAGGAAGCAGAUGCCAAAAUCCCAGCAAACACCAUUCACAGCAUCUUACUCAGCAACUGACGGCGUGUGUCAGUCAAUAAAGAGGGAAGCCAUCACAACGUGGCUGUGCGGGGACAGGAAGCAUUCUAAAUUACAAGUAUGCAGAUGAAAGAAAACUCCUAUUUUAGCUUAAACCCACUCACGUUUUUACUGAGUGCCUCUGUUUGCAAUUUGUCAUAUUGUACUAAAAACACAAGUUCUGAAUGUUUUUAGGUGAGCAUUUAUAGAAAAAAAAUAAAUGAAAGAUGCCAAUUUGACUGAUUCUGCGAUCCUCAGUGGCAAUAUUAUGUUAAUGAAAACGGUUUCAGACAAUUAAACUGAUUAACUUUCUCUUGUUUUGAAUUUCUAGGGCUGGCCCACACUUUACACUAGCCAUUAAUUAAUCAUUAUGCUAGCUGAUUGUGUCACAUCAGUUCCGGAUUGAAGUGUUUAAUGUGUUAAUUGUGGCGGUUAAAAGCUGGUGGCCCCUAGUAGUACGAUUGCUGCCUCUAUGGGUUUAAUGGCCACUGAUUUACGGUCUGUUUAGAAAGUGUAACUGUGAGGUGCUUUAUUAAUAUGCUCCACCGCACGGAGGAGAUGAUAACAUAUUCAAGAGCGCACAGGCGCAGCCACCCCGCGGCAUUCAUAACUGUCUGAGUCACUUUCCAUCAGUUACCAGGCUUACACAGCUGCGCUAACAGCUAGCAAUUGUAUUUUCUUUGCCUGGUAGCGGCCAAAAUGAAGUUAUUUACAUCGAGGCAUCAGUGCCUUUAGCUUAAUGCAAUAGAAGGAGCUCUCUGUGUUGAUAGUAUCUCGUUGCAUGGCAUCUCUCUACCUGAAACAUCAUUACACUGUACUCAAGCUUUUUAAAUGUCUGUUUACUGUUUUACCUGAGGGACAUAUUGCACAAACAGCACUGUUCUGUUUGCAUUUGUAAGUGCAUAUUUUUUUGACUCUGGUUGUGUUCAGAUAUUGGUCAACAAUAUGUUUGAAUGUAAAAGUGGUCUGCUUAUUGCCUUUGGAUAUUGAAAUUGAAGUUCUAAUAGUUCUUCAGGAACUGUUUUUUCCACAAAACAUAUUGACUAUAUCAGACAAUCUGGGAUUAGAAGGGUUUUUAGAUAUUGCUAGAUACAAUUCUGAGUGGUGGAUUCAUGCAGGUUAAUAUGAAUGUUUUUAUUUAAUUUUUUUUACUUGAAGAGUUGAUUGAAUAAAGCAUGGUUGUCAUGGUAUCCUCAGGUGUUUUUAUGUUUACAUGUAUUUGUACUAUCUGGGCGUCAUAAUAAACAAUCUUUGAU